GUGUAUUCACUCCACCACAUCCCACCAAUACUCUCUGACAACUUCUCAUUAUGCAAGUUUUUGGUGGAUUCCAGAACAUUUAAUAUGGAGAGCAUAUCAACAGAUCCCAGAUUGGAAUGGUUUCAACUCCAACCAGGAGUAGAAUUUCAGGUUAUGAAAUUUGGCAGUCCCCCAGCAACAUCAAGCAUGGACCCUGUUGACUCGCCUUCAGAUAACCUUAUGUUUCUUGUGAUACCAGGUAACCCUGGUGUUGUAGGCUAUUAUGAAAAAUUUAUGGCUACCCUUUAUCAGAAGAGUAACCAAAAAAUACCCGUCUGGGGUAUCUCCCACACUGGACAUGUGUCAAGACCAUCUGAAGGUUCACACAAUGGUGUUUAUUCCCUCCAAGAUCAGAUUGAACACAAACUCGCUUUCCUUCACCAUCACAUUCCCAAAAAUGUUUCCUUGAUACUCAUCGGUCACUCUAUUGGCUGCUACAUGAUUCUGAAUAUGUUGAAGAAAACCUCUCACAACAACAUCCUCCGCUGCUUUUUUCUCUUCCCCACCAUCGAACGAAUGUCUUCUUCACCUCAGGGAAAAGUAGUAACACCAUUCCUCAAGUUAUUCCGAUGGAUCCUGCUGCUCUUUGUCUACUUUAUGUCUUUUUUGCCUUUAAAAUCAAAACAGAGGAUUCUGUGCUGGUAUUUCAAAGAUGAGGUAAAGUACCCCCGCUGCAUCUACGCAUCCUCCUUGAACCUCUUUGAUGUCAGCUGUGUGAACAACAUGAUAAGCAUGGCUUCACAAGAAAUGGACAUGGUCAAGGAACUGGACAGUUGCACCAUCAGCAAGAACUUACAUAAAAUUUGCUUCUACUAUGGCCGCAAAGACCGCUGGUGUCCCCUCAACUACUGUGAUGACAUGAAGAAACAUUUCCCUAAAGCCAACAUCCGUGUCUGCCAAGAAGGCUUUGAACAUGCAUUUGUCAUCACAGACAGCGAGAGAAUGGCAGACAUCACAUGGGAGUGGAUGCAAUGCGAAUUGCAGCACUCGUCUGAUUAAAAGUAAAGAUGGAUUAAACUCUACUAAGCCAAACAGAUUAAAAGAAAGGGGUCGGGAUAGGGGCAAGCAAUUUCUAAACUUAUAAAAUAAGAAUAUAUAAUUCCAUAUAAAUGUGUGUGGGAGGUGGCACAAGAAAAAAGAGAAAACCAUUAUAUAUGACUAUGUAUGUGUAUGU